ACGCCCAUGCGCAUGUAUAGUAUGCUGAAUUGUUUCUUACUCCAGUUGGUGCGAGCGAGAGCCAAUCAGCACCGGCGCAUCUCACCCACUUGGACGUCAGUGAACACCCGAAGAAGGCACAUUGUCCUCCACCUCUGCACCGCGACUUACCAUGAGCCUAUGACACUGCACAACCCACUCACAUCUAGACCUCUUUGCGCCCAGCAAGUAUCCGUCUGGAAACUACAAUUAUCCGGUCGCAUUCUACAUGACGUCCGUCGAUGACCAGCGCCGUCCAACAAGGCGCGAAAUAUUCGAGGCUAUCCUGUCUGGUGCUCAGAAGCCUCCAUUCUUACCUAGACUAAGGUCUGACCCUCCUGCAUAUCAUCCUCUACCUCACAGUCUUGUCGAGUUUCGGGAACAAGAGGGAGCCGACAAUCGGGAACGGCGGUUUCACAGACUAUGGACGAAACUUCCAAAACGUAUCUGGUGGCAUGAUCACGACGACGAAGAGGUUUCUAAACAAUAUCCUGUUCACGAUGAUCGUGCAUUGACUCGAGAAAGUGCGAAGGAGUUGGAGGAGAUGUAUGAGGAUGAAUUGCUUGGCCAUUGUGGAGGGCACACUUCGGGCUUCAAACGUCGCGCUAUUGCAUGGGAAGACUUUCACAAGUAUGCAGAGGCGAAAGAAGCUGAGCUCUGGCAUAUAUUCCACGACGAACUGGAUCUCGAUGGCAACGGACAUUUGGGUGCGGAGGAGCUUGCUGUCGCUUUAGACAAGGCUGGCAUAUCAUUAUCACCCCCAACACUUGCCGAGUUCAUGACCUUUCUGACAUCUUCCCCGCACUCGCAUGCUCUUAGCUUCCAGGAGUUCAGAGACUUUCUUCUACUUCUACCCCGGAAGGCAUCUCCGGAAGAGAUCUUCCGAUAUUAUGAAGUGAAGAGAUUUAUGGGUGACGAUGGCCGAGGUGCUGCUCGUGUCAACAUGGAGGGUGAUGUUACAUUAAGUGCCGAGGAUCUAGCUACCACACGGACUUAUUCACCCUCUGACAAAGAUGUUACUGCCGACCUGAUUGAUCAUACUAUGGGUGUUGCUGAUGAUGAGUUUGAGGAGGAAGAUCUUAUGGAAGAAGAACAACAUGGUACUUGGAUGGGCGGUGCACUAGCUGUUAGGUUCCUGCUCGCUGGCGGUAUUGCUGGAGCUGUCUCGCGGACGUGCACAGCGCCGUUUGACCGUCUGAAGAUUUUCCUUAUAACACGACCACCAGAAAUGGGUGGUACCUCGCUAAGCCCUAACGCAUCUGAGCGAGGAUUCAAGGCCAUAGCCAGCGCGGUGACACGCAUAUAUGCAGAAGGAGGCGUUCUAGCAUUCUGGACUGGGAACGGACUUUCUGUUGCCAAGAUCUUGCCGGAGUCUGCCAUCAAGUUCAUGACAUAUGAAACAUCCAAACGAGUGUUUGCCAAACAUUGGCAUCACGUGGAUGAUCCUAGAGAGAUCAGCGGGGUCAGCCGGUUUCUUUCUGGCGGAAUUGGGGGCAUAACUGCUCAGCUCAGUAUAUAUCCGAUAGAGACACUAAAGACUCAAAUGAUGAGUAGUGCAGGAGAACGGCGAUCUAUUGCUCAAGCUGCCCGUCGGGUGUGGCAACUCGGUGGCAUGCGGGCAUUCUAUCGUGGCUUGACUAUCGGUCUUAUAGGCGUCUUCCCCUAUUCUGCCAUCGACAUGAGCACAUUCGAAGCUCUGAAGUUGGCCUACCUACGUUCCACUGGUAAAGAGGAGCCCGGCGUUCUUGCGUUACUUUCCUUUGGCAGUGUGUCUGGUAGCGUAGGGGCGACUAGCGUGUAUCCUUUAAACUUGGUCAGGACACGACUACAAGCAUCGGGUUCGUCAGGUCACCCGCAGCGGUACAGCGGUGUCUUUGACGUCGUUCAACAAACAUAUGCUCGGGAUGGGUGGAGAGGAUUUUACCGAGGGUUGUUGCCCACAUUGGCGAAGGUGGUGCCAGCUGUCUCGAUAUCAUAUGUCGUAUAUGAAUCGACGAAGCGGAAGUUGGGUGUAUAGUUGCUAUCGAUAUCGCUUUCCAAGUUACCCAUUAUCUCCUAGAACAUAUCCACUGCAGACUACAUUUCCUCCUAGUAUAUUCAUUGUUAUUCAUGCUGUAUUGUUUAUCACAUUUUCUUGCAUACAAUCACAUACGCAGACGCGCUUAUCUAAUCUCAAAACCUGCAUCAUCCCUUUAAGC